AUGUCAAACCAGUUAUGCAGCGGUAAAGACGUAUACCAUAUCAUGUGAGAAAUGAUGUUUCUAAGGAACCACAGUGAAGGAACUAAAGAAACUAGAAGAGCAAGACAUUGUCGAGAAAGUCGCCAAUCAACUAACACCAUGGAAAUCUCCAAUAGUCGUCACGCCAAAGAAAGACGGAGGUAUUAGACUAUGUGUAGACAUGAGGGAAGCAAACCAGGCAAUCGAAAGAGAGACACACAAUGCCAACUUUACCAGAUUUUAAAGCUGAGGUAAAUGGAGCAAAAUUCUUCUCAAAGAUAUUUACACCCGGACAGUCGAUUCAUUACAACGUUUUCUACCCAUGAAGGACUGUUCCAGUAUAAAAGAUUAAAUUACGGUAGGAACAGUGCAGCCGAGAUAUUCCAAAAUGUGCUACAACAAAACCUUAGCGAUAUCAGAGGAGUGAAAAACCUGGUGGAUGAUAUUAUUAUUCAUGGUAAAACCCGAAAGUCACACGAUGAAGCACUAGAGAAACUGUCUAUAAAAACGGCUAGCAGCACUAAACUUGAAAGUGAAAGGGGAAAAAUGUGAAUUUCUACAACACGAAAUUACGUUCUUUGGAUUAAAUUUACAGCAGCAGGAACCAAACCAGAUCCAGAGACAAUUGAGAACAUGGUUAGAGUACCAGCUCCCAAAACUCCUGGAGAAGUUAGAAGUUUUCUGGGAAUGGCCAACGCUUGCCACGAAUACAUUCCAGAUUAUGCAACUAUUACAGCACCUCUAAGAGAACUAACCAAGAAAACAUUGCGUUUAAGUGGGAAAAUAGACAUCAGAAAGCAUUUGAGCAACUGAAAAAGAAACUAACAAGUACCCCAGUUAUGGCAUAUUUCGAUACAAAGAAACGAAGUCUAGUAAUCGUAGAUGGCUCCCCUUAUGGAAUUAGUGCAAUACUAGCACAGAAAGAACAUCACAGCCAGCAGUACAAAAUCCUUUCAUAUGCAAGCAGAGCGCUCAGCCCAGUUGAGACAAGAUACUCUCAAACAGAUAUUGAAGGACUUAGCUUAGUAUGGGGGAAUUGA